AUGACCACCUCUGUCGGUAGGUUUAAGAUUAAUUCAAAAGCAGACAACAACAGCGAUGCGUUUGUUACUGUUACGGAGUUUGCCGGCAAAGGAGGGGCGGAUGUGGGUGAUGAUUUGGUGGUUUUGUACAGUCACUUAGAGUAUGCGUUUAAAAGAAUUGCGGCUCUGGUUGCUUCUCCGGUUAAUUCUAGCCUUGGGAAAAGCUCCGGCGAUGGUGGAGAUGUGGGGUCCGGUAGAGAUAAACCUAAACCGCUUGACAUUGUUUCUAACGAGAUCCUCUUAUCUUGUUUAAGAAACUCUGGAAAAGUUGCAGUCAUGGCUUCCGAAGAAGACGACGCUCCUGUUUGGAUAACCGAUGAUGGCCCUUUUGUGGUGUCUUCCAGUGGAAGAGAAGGGAAUGCUAAACUCGUUGCAGAGUGGCAGUAG